AUGAUAAAGGUUAAAUUAAAAGAUAGUGUACUUGGAACCGGAAACUAUGGAACCAUUAGAAAAGCAAGAUAUGAAGGAAAGACUGUAGCUGUAAAGAUCCCUUUUGAAUCUAGUAGUACUAGUACUAGUUCAACGACAACAACUACAACCACAACAACAACUACAACUACAACAAAAUCACCAUCUAAAUCAAAAAGAAGGUCAAGAGGUGGAUCUGUAGAUCAUAUAGUAAACAACUUUGAGUUGAUGAAUAGUGGAGAUUUGCUUGGAUUCGAUCACAAGAAUGUUGUCAAGUAUUAUGGAUGUACUAUGGUCAAUGAAAAGAAAGCAUUGGUGAUGGAGUAUGCACAAAAGGGAUCGCUUUGGAUACUAAUGCAAAAGGAGCGAUUAAAUAUCCAAACUAUCAACCAUCUGCUCAUUGGUGUUGCACAAGGCAUGAGAUAUUUACAUGCCAAAGGUAUCAUGCAUCGUGACUUGAAACCUGGUAACAUCCUCGUCGAUUCAGACUACAAUGCAAAGAUUACUGAUUUUGGUACUGCUAGAUUCUCAACUGCCUACGAUGCUUCAACCAUUGUCGGUACUGUAAAUUAUAUGGCUCCUGAAAUAAGAGAUUACAUUAGUGAAGGUAAAGCACAAAAGUAUUCAAAAGCAGCUGAUAUUUAUAGUUUCGGUGCUGUUGUAUUGGUCAUGGUAACAUGUGAGUUUGCAAAGGAACCUUCUACCUAUGACUCUAUAGAGUCACAAAUACCAUCCUAUUGUUUUCCUCAAUACAAAGAGUUGAUUAUUAGUUGUUGUAAAAGAGAUAGCAAGUUAAGACCUACAUUUAACCAGAUUAUCAAUACAUUGAAAUCAUUUCAUGAAAAGGUGUUGAGUUUAUUACCAAACUAUCCGACAAAUAAGGAUAUUGUAGUGUAUCAUACCAACCAAAUCAAUCAAAUGAUAGUUCAUUCAAAGCUGGGUAAUAAUAUGUCUUCUACAUCAUCGACAUCAUCACCGUCGUCUACAACCAUACCAUUAUCAUCUAUUAAUAUAUGGGAUGAAUAUGGAAUGGACCAAAAUAUAAAAUAUACAGAGAGUGGACAGGCAGGACUGAUCAAGUACAUAACACUCAACAAAUUGGUAGAGAUUAUGACUACACCCCAACACAAUGAUCUAAUCGAUCAGGUGUUAUGUGUAUACCAAUCGUUUUGUGGCUCGUCUGACUUGUUCAACAAACUAAGACAACGUUUCAAAGUACCACUCCAACACUCUCACAUUGAAAGGUCUGUUCAGACAUGUGUACUCAAUGUAUUGAAUACUUGGAUUGAUGGAAGUUACUGUGAAUUUUCAAAUGAUCUCAUCACAGUCAUCAAACAAUUCAUUCAAGACAAUAGACAGAUAAUUGAUGAAUUAUCAUUUAUUAAAAGUUCAACUAUUACAACAAAUUUAGAAUCAAAAUUAAAACAACAAGAUAGUAAUCAAAAUAAUAAUAAUAAUAUAAAUAAUAAUAAUAAUAUUCAUCAUUUAUUAAAUGUAUCGAUAGAGAUUGAAUCUUUACUAUUUGAUAAAAUAUAUGAAAAUGUGGAUUGCGAUGCAAUAGCUAGUCAUAUGAUGCUACUGGAUUUAGAGUUAUUAAAGUGUAUACCAAAUACAGAGUUGAUUGCAUUAUCAACAUUUCCGUCGUUGUCCUCGAUUACCACUGUUGGUAAUCAAUUACCAAACAUUUAUCGAAUGAUUAAUAGAUACCAGAAACUAUCAGAAUUGGUGACACAAAGUCGUCUUUCAGGAUUCAUUAAAUUGGCCAAACAAUGUAAAUCCAUCUCCAACUAUCAUGCAUUUAUGGCUAUAUUCUCUGGUUUGGAGAAAUUUGAAUCUGCAUCCUCGUCCUCUUCCUCUUCAUCCUCUUCUUUUUUAUCAUCACCAUCUUCAAUUUCAUCUGUUUCAUCUUCCUCCUCGACAUCAUCUUUAUCUACUUCAUCAUCGUCAUCAUCACCAUUUACCAAUACUCUAUCUCUAUCAUCUAUUGCUCCAGAUGGAGCAACAACAGAGAAAUCAGUAUUACAAACUAUCGAUCAAUUAUCAUGGGUGAUUGAACAAUACAAGAGUUUUAUGUUAAAAUCCAAUGGAGUAUUCAUUCCAUGGCUAUCAAACCAUUUGUCAGAGUUGAUAGCGUUGAGAGAACAAAAGGAUGUGGUGGCCAUGUCCAACCAAGUGUCAAUGAUCAACUUUGCCAAGCAGACAUCAGUGUACCACGAGAUAUCGUAUCUCAGACAAUGCCAGAAACAAAUGAUCAAAGAUGUACUCAGCCAGGAAGAAGACAACGAGCCAUCCCCACUAUCACUGUCAUUAACGACGACACCAUUCCACGGACGAACCAAAAGUUUAGGUAUCCCCAACAUCAUCAAUAACAUUGCCAGCAAUAUAACUAGUAUCAUCAACAGCAACCAAAUGUUAAAGGGGUUCUUCUCUGUAGAGAACUGUACCACCAACCACGACCUCUACAUAGUAUCAGCAUCGAUUAAAUUAAUUCUUGUACAUGAUCUCUUCGUACCGUACACUCAUCCAUUUAUACUACCUCGAAAUACCUCUCUCGUAGGUUACAUUGAUCAUUCACGUCAAAGUUGUCCAAUUGCCAUAGUUCAAAUGAAACCACCAUCUAACAAUAACAAUAACAAACCUUCAUCACCAUUAGAUAGUAGUAGUAGUAGUAGUAGUAGUAAUAGUAGUUAUAAAUAUCAAAUAUAUGAUUUAUCUAAAACAAAGAAAUUAAGAAUAAUAGAUACUACUGAUUUUCAAGCAACAAUAAUAAACACGCGAUCUUGA